AUGGACGCUCGUACAAACCUUCCAGUAUUUUUCCCUCGUCCGGAUCCUACUGCUAGUUACUGGCAAAAUCACCCUGAUCCAUAUCUUGGAAAUGUGACCGACGAUCAAGACCGCGACCAGCAUGUUAUCAAAACACUCCUCAUAGGCAGUGGCAUAACCGGCGCAAGUGUAGCCUGGAAUAUUCUACAACAGCCACCUUCGCAGAGAGGUAGGGUUGUCAUGCUUGAAGCAAGGCCAGUUUGCUCUGGUGCUACAGGCAGAAAUGGUGGCCAUACAAAAGGAGCAUCAUAUCGCUCUUUUCCUUCGAACUAUCGUACCCUAGGUAAAAUCGAAGCUAUCAAGAUCGCCCGACUUGAAUACGCCAACAUCCGCGCGACCCAUCAGUUUGCUGCCGAACACAAAAUAGAUUGCGAGUCAAGAAGCUGCGAUACCGUUGAUGCAAUAUAUGAUCCGGUGCAAUGGGAAGAGUGUGCUUCCGCUGUAAAGCUUAUGAAGGAUUGCUUCACAGAGCCAGGGGACGCUGAGGGCAUUUAUCGGUAUCAUCUUUGGACUCCAGAGGAAGCGAAAGAAAAGUUUCACAUCCAGGGAACGGGACCCGAUGGCGAGCCACUCGUAGGUGCUGUCAGUUAUGAAGCAGGCAGUAUUCAUGCCUACCGCUUUGUAACCGGAGUCUUGAACCUUUGUGUACAAGAGGGUUUAGAGCUGAGAACUAAUACUCCUGCCACAAAGACCAUAAGGACUUCUGACGGAAAGUGGUCUGUUGAAACUCCGCAACAAACCUUUAUAGCCAAUCGUGUUGUGCUAGCUACAAAUGGCUACACGGCGGCACUCUGUCCAGAAAUGCAAGGAGUCAUCGUGCCGUUACGUGGUCAAGUUACUGCUCAUCGUUCUGGAACGAAUAUGCCAAAGACUGGCUUGGUAAACACCUUCUCGUUUGUGUACAAGAAUGGGUUCGACUACAUGAUUCCACGUCCGGCUGGUACCGAGUUUGAGGGAGAUAUCAUUAUCGGAGGUGGUCUUUUCAGAACGCCUGACAACGGACUCGAGGAGCAUGGUAAUACGGAUGAUACCUCUUUAAACUCCGCCAUUAGUUCCUAUCUUCAUGAGAGUACCCCAACCUAUUUUGGCAAUUCCUGGGGUGAAGAUCAACCUGAAGGUAGGAUCAGACAGGAGUGGACCGGAAUUAUGGGAUAUACUCUUGACGGAUUCCCUCAUGUUGGUCAUAUAAGGGACAAUCUAUGGAUUGGUGCUGGGUUUCAGGGUCAUGGCAUGGUACUUUGCUGGUUGUCCGGAAAAGCACUUGUGGAGAAACUGGAUGGGAUCGAGGGGGACGUGGAUUCGUGGUUUCCCAAGGCGUUCUGGACUUCUGAAGAGAGGAGGACUGCCAAAGGGACGUUGGAUAUACAUUAG